GUCUUGUUUUCUUGCACAGGCUGAUUAGUUUGUUGGGUGCAGAAAAAACCACAUCAGUGUUGCCUCGGCGGACAAUUUUCUUUAGGUUGUGCGACAACCGGUGGAUAUAAGUGGACCUUGCCGGCUGCCGCGGUCGUGUCCGACAUGGGCCACUGGGCAUGUGCCACCCAGCCGAAUGUCAAGCAAGGGGAACAAAAUAUGUGCCAUCAUGAAAGGAAAAUUAAACCAAACUGGGACCAGAACAUUUGCUGAACAAGGAGCUGCAGAGAAGUGAAGUUUGCAACAGAAGCAGCCAAGUUUGGAGGAAGGAGUGGACAAAGUGCCAGCCAAAGUGGAACCAAAGCAUACAUUGAAUGAGGAGUGUUGAGCUACAUAGAAGUGAAGACAUGUCGCCAGUAAACAGAAAAGAAAGCUUCACGUGUGUGGGGUACUUCUUAGAACGACAGAAAGACUGAGGAUGCAGCAACCAGCCAUGGUCAGCGAGGAUGUGGCUUCACUCCUAGCAUCCCUGGAGCAGGGCCUGCACAAGGUGGGACCGCAGCUGGAGUGCCUGCUUGGCAUGCUUGAGUGGCAGACAGGCCAGAAGCGAUCCACCCUGUUCAUCAUCAUGGUCACGUUGCUGUGCAUCUACAUGGUCACCAGCAAGAAUGCCCCACUUGUGUGCAGCCUUGUUGUCUACCUCAUCGCAGCCUACUCCUCCUUUCACAACAUAGAAAAUUCUUCCAAAAGUGACGACAGCCGAUGGAUUAUUUUCUGGCUCAUCUUUGGCCUCUUCAACAUGAUGGACUACUUCACUGACCAGAUUAGGGAGAACUUCCCACUCUUCUGGUUGUUCAAGCUUUUAUUCUUGACCUGGUGUCUGGCGCCGACUGGAACUAACGGUGUGACCAUCAUCUACUUCCACCUGCUGUAUCCACUAUUUCUUGGUGUGAAUGACCGCUGCGCCAUGCUCACGGACUUUGAAAGCGGCCGGGCGUUCUGUAGCCGCGUUUGGCAUCGCUACUACCCGUGGGCACAGCCAGCUGCUCGGGAGGAGCCAGCACAAGCUUCUGAGAAAGCUGCUGUAGAAUCUGCAGCUAAGAAGCCUCCUGCUGAUAAGAAACCAACUGCUUCCGUUUCUGCAGGCGAUGGCAAAGUCAAAACAUCGGAGAGUGGGUCAGUGGCCUCAGCACAUAAAGCUGAUAAUGCCAAGCUGAAGAAAGAAGGUACAGCAGCCAAGGUGGAUGAAGCAACUGCCAACACUGCAAAGGGCUCUGCAGGGAAGAAGCUGGAGCCUGUUGGCGAAAAGAGCAAACUGCCUGAGGUCACCAGUAAGGGUGCCAACACCACUACAACCGAGGGGACAAAAGGAGAUGUUCAUCCUGCUACUCACAAAGUGGGUGCCAACAAGGCACCAGAUAAGCACAAGGGCACAAUGGCUGAACAGCCCUCUUCUCCUGGUGGGAACAGGGAGCCAGGCAUGCCAGCCAGUGGAGCGUCGCUUCACUUAAGUUCUAAAGAUGGGUCACACUCGGCAACAAUGGCUGCUGCUUUGAAGCCACUAUCCCAGGCUCCCACGAAAUAUGCCAGUGACACCAUCGUCAAGAGCAAGAUGGGAUCACAAGACUUUAACGAAGGGACCUACCAAAGCCACCUCAGCUCCCACCGAAGCUCAAAGAAUGAGAGAGGUGCUGGAGCAAGUUCAUGGAAUGAUGUUAGCUUGUUCUCAAAACAAGAUGAAGACAGUGGAUCAGCAAGAAAGCGCGACGAUGACCGCGGAGGCUCGUUGUCUCUGCUCGCAGGUAGCAAGAGCAGCAUCCCAAUCAUCCAACCCGUAGUUCAACCCUUGUUCAGUUUGUACAGCUCUCCUUACAGCUCAACCUGUGGGUCGGCCAACAAUGUUUCAGGCUCUGGCCAGCCACCUGCGGGGCCUUAUGCAUUUGGUCCAAGCUACCCCAGCUACCAUGCAGGACCAUUUUACCCAGGGUGUCUGCAACGGCCUUCUCUGGGCUACAGCAGGCCACGGAUGCUCCUCUACACUGGACCCACACAGAGGCAAAAAUCGCUGGGGUUGAAAAAUGUGCCAUCUCUUGAAGAGUCAGAAGGUGACAUGUUCACGGAUGACCCUAAGCCAGCAAGAAAGACAAAGGGUUUAUCUCAAAGCAGUUCUGACAAGAUGCGAGAUGAUGAUGGUGCUGAUGACAAGUAUGCACAGCAAAAAGAUGGUAUGGAUUACAAAAUGGGUAAGGCUGGUGCUAUCAAGGAAGAAGGUAGGAAGACAGGUGACGAAGAAAGGAUGGAAGAUAAGAAGAAGUCAGCAGGGGAGGAGAAGUUAGACAAGAAAACCACUCAUUGAGAUACAGCAGCAGAUCAACAAACGCUGGAACCAGUGGCAAUAUUUAUAGUUAGUAUCUGUGUGUACGAGGUUGACAAGCAGUGCUUGAAAAAAGCACCAUGUUUCGGUGGCCAGACUUUGGUACAAAUUGUUAUGGACUGAAUGAGUAUCAAGCUUUUUAAUUUCGCUG